AUGAAUCUAACGGCUGCAAACCACCGCAUACCUCUGAGCGAUGGGAACAGCAUCCCCGUGAUUGGACUUGGCACCUAUGCUGACCCCAGAAAAACUCCCAAAGGUACCUGUGCCGAAUCAGUGAAGAUUGCCAUUGAUGCUGGUUACCGCCAUUUUGAUGGGGCCUUUGUGUACUACAACGAGCAUGAAGUGGGACAGGCCAUCUGGGAGAAGAUUGCAGAAGGAAAAGUAAAACGAGACGAAAUCUUCUAUUGUGGCAAAUUGUGGAAUACAUGUCACCCACCAGAGCUGGUGCGUCCAACUUUGGAGAAGACACUCAAGAUUCUGCAGCUGGAUUAUGUUGAUCUCUAUAUUAUUGAGCUGCCAAUGGCAUUCAAGCCUGGAGAUGCAAUCUACCCUAGAGAUGAAAAUGGAAAAUAUAUCUACCAUGAGACAAACUUAUGUGCCACUUGGGAGGCUUUGGAAGCAUGUAAAGAUGCUGGCUUGGCAAAAUCUAUUGGAGUGUCCAACUUCAACCGCAGGCAGCUGGAAAUGAUUCUGAACAAGCCAGGGCUCAAGCACAAACCUGUCAGCAAUCAGGUUGAAUGCCACCCAUAUUUCACCCAGCCCAAGCUCUUAGAAUUCUGUAGACAACAUGACAUUGUCAUUGUUGGGUACAGUCCACUAGGAACCUCAAGGGAUGAAACAUGGGUAAAUGUGUCUUCCCCUCCUUUACUGAAGGACCCUGUGCUGAAUGCCAUUGGGGAAAAAUACAACAAGACGGCAGCACAGGUUGCUCUGCGUUUCAACAUCCAACGAGGGGUGGUGGUCAUUCCCAAAAGUUUCCAUCCACAGCGGAUCAAAGAAAACUUCCAGAUUUUUGACUUCUCACUCACUGAUAAAGAAAUGAAGGACAUUGAAGCCCUGAAUAAAAACACCCGUUACGUGGAGUUGCUGAUGUGGCGUGACCAUCCAGAGUAUCCCUUCAAUGAUGAAUAUUGA